UAUAAAUUUAAUUUGCGGGAAAUCAAACAUGAGUGCAGGCUUUUUCGAAGUAGACGACAACGAAGUCCAAAAAGACAAACCCAAGUUCAACGAUGGUGAGAAGAAGAAACAGAAGAUGUUCACCCCAGUCACGCUUAAGUUGUUCAUGACUGCCAGUGUGGAUUCAGAGGAUAACUUUAAUGUGGACAAUCAGGAGAUUAAUGAUGUGAUCCUUGUAGGCAGACUUUAUGAGAGAGACGACCAACCUACAAGAGUUAGCUAUUUACUUAAUGAUAAUACCGGGACAAUGAAGGUAACAUUCUAUAAAGGAGGAAAUUACCUCCCGAAAUAUCUUGAAGAGUUCAAAUAUGAGGAAGGAUGUUAUGUGAAGGUCUUUGGGCAAGCCAAGAACUUUAAGGACGUCAGACAGGUUGUAGGAGUUCACCUAGAAGCCAUUGAUGACUUCAACUACAUUACUAACCACCUCUUGCAAGUGUUCGUAGCUAGUUGUGUUAGAAAGAAGGGAGUCUUGUCAAGUCAGGAUAUAACAGAAGCAAAUAAUGUUAAAGGUGAAAUGAAUGAGAAAGACAAGACACAGUUUGUGAAGACUGAAGCCACCAAGAUUAUCAAUGAGAAUUCAGCAAGAGGUGUAUCCAAUGUCUCUAGAGAUGUUAUUUUCAAUAAAGUCAAAUCAUCAGUGACCCAUCCAGAAUUCCAAAAGAUCAUCCAACACCUUCUUGACGAAAUGGAGUUAUUCGAAGAUGAAAAUGGAGCUCUUGGAGCUAUGUAAGCAGUUAAGCUGUUUGUUUUGAAUAAUAAAUUCUCUAAUUCUUCUUUCUU